AACUCGACCAAAGCAUGAAAUUUCAUGAACGACAGCUACACCCCCAGGGCUGUUCAAGAGUCGAAGAUUAGAACCAAGUGACCGCUUGAGGAGUUUAUUGAGUCGAUCAUCCCAUCAAAGGAUGUCUUCACGACCGGGUCUAUAACCCGUACCAUCACGCUGCUUAGACGGUUAGACCCCAGCGCAUCACCAACCAGCAGCAUCCCGCCUUGUCACACAAUCAAUCCCCUGAUCGCCCCUUGCCCAAGAUUCCCCAUCAUGGCGGAGACACACUCUCUCCUCUCUCGUCUCUUCAGACCCCUCCCCCUCUUCGCCGUCUCGGCCCUUCUCCGCGCCAUCUUCCUCCUCUACGGCCUUUGGCAGGACGCAAACUCUCCUUUCAAGUACACGGACAUCGACUACCUCGUCUUCACCGACGCCGCGCGCUUCACCCACCGCGGCGCCUCGCCCUACGACCGCGAGACCUACCGCUACACGCCGCUCUUGGCAUGGCUCCUCAUCCCCACCGCCUGGAGCGAGACCCUCCGCCCGGCCCGGCUCUGGUUCGCCCUCGGCAAGGUCAUCUUCGCCGCCGCCGACUUGCUGGCCGGCUGGUUCCUCGUCCGCAUCCUGCGGCGCCACGCGGGGAUGGACGCGGCGCGCGCCCUCCGGUUCGCCAGCAUCUGGCUCCUCAACCCCAUGGUCGCCACGAUUAGCACCCGCGGCAGCUCCGAGGGUCUGUUGGGCGUCCUCGUCAUGGCGCUGUUGUGGGCUGUGCUCGAACGUCGUGUGGCUCUGGCUGGCGUCCUGCUCGGGUUCGGCGUUCAUUUUAAGAUUUACCCUUUCAUUUAUGCACCGGCGAUCGUCUGGUGGAUGGACGAUGAGAGCAUGGGUCUUGCGAAACCGCCUACUCGGGGUUUGUCGAAACAGCCGCCGUCGAUUCUCGAUCAUGUCUGGCGGUUUCUGAGCCCCGAGCGGAUCCAGUUGGCCUUGAUCAGUCUUGUUACUUUCACGGGCCUCAAUGCACUCAUGUACACCAUAUACGGCAUGCCCUUCUUGGUGCAUACUUACUUCCAUCACGUCACCAGGAUCGACCACCGACAUAAUUUCAGCGUCUACAACAUCCUCCUUUAUCUCACAUCGGCAGUGCCCUCCACGUCCUCCUUUCAGAUCGAGUCGGUGGCUUUCGUGCCGCAGAUCCUCCUCUCCACAGUUCUCAUUCCUCUUGUCCUUGCCAAGAAGGACCUCGCUACAUCUAUGAUGGCUCAGACUUUUGCAUUUGUCACGUUUAACAAGGUCUGCACCAGCCAGUACUUCCUCUGGUACAUAAUCUUUCUCCCCCUGUAUCUUCCAACCUCGUCCUUUCUCAGCAACCCGAAGCUGGGUGUAUCUGCACUGGUUCUCUGGGUCGCAUCUCAGGGGGCGUGGUUACAGCAGGGAUUUCAACUCGAGUUCAUGGGCGUCAAUACUUUCUUUCCGGGAUUGUGGGCUUCGACUGUCGCUUUCUUCCUCGUCAACUGUUGGAUAUUAGGCAUCAUCAUUACCGAUGGCUCCCAUGCCGGUGCGCAGGACAGGCGUCUGUCACAGAGAAAGGCAGUGUAAAGCUAGGAGGGCGACCCAACCCCCGGCGUCUUUCUUGUAAAUAGUGUGUUGUCACUGAAAAAUAAUACCGUUUAGAGGCAAGGCGCACCGC